AAAGGGAACAAGGACGCGUCCAGAAUAGAAAGCUUCAAUGGAAGAGAGAGAGAGAGAGAGAUGGGCCGCGCGACGGCAGAGAGAAGAUUAACGCCGGCGAGGACCGUAGCUGAAAGCUUCGUCCUGCGGCCGACGUCCUUCGCAGAAGCAGAAGCAGAGGCUGACGACGCUUCGCUUUCUACUGGCAAGGAGUAAAUCCGGUUAAGGGCUUUUCUUUUCCUUCCGUUUCACUUCUCCGGCGACCAUUUUCAAUCUUCAAAUGGCGUGCCGAAGCAUACUAUCAGGAUUCCUUCGUUUCAAUUCCCUGAAUGGCAGAAUAAUCGAUUCGGUGAGACUUGAUUUCAGAACCCUAACUAUUGGAACAGGAGAAGGCGAGGAUGCUUUGUACGCGGACGUACCUAAGCCGCGUAGGAGCAAGUCGGAGAGGAAACCCUACCCGACGCCGAUGAAGGUUCUGAUUCGGAAGGCAAAAGAGGAGAGAGCCACUCGAAAGGCUCAGCCUUGUCGAAUGCUGGAAGAGCCUCCCGACAAUGGUCUACUCGUUCCCGAACUCGUCGGGGUAGCUCACCGAGUCUACCAGGCUUGGGAAACGGUUCGGUUUGGGAUUUCGAAGCUCGUCAAUGUGAUUCCUGUCCAACGAUGCAGGUAUUGUUUUGAGAUUCAUGUUGGUCAUGUGGGCCAUGAAAUCAGGACAUGCACUGGCCCAAAAAGUGGUGUCCGAAGUGCUACUCAUGAGUGGAGAAGGGGAGGGGGCAAAGAUGUUAUUUACGUCCCUCAUUGCUUCCAUCUUUAUGACCGUGUUGGAAAGCCAAGGGUUGGGCAUGAUGAAAGGCAAUCUGUGCCCCAGCUCCCUGCUCUUGUGGAGUUGUGCAUACAAGCUGGUCUGGACCUUAAAAAGUACCCUACAAAGAGAAGAGUAAAACCUGUUUACUGUAUUGAAGGUAGAAUUGUAGAUUUUGAGUUGGGAGCAGAAAAAGAGGAAAUAGAUAGAAAUUUAUAUUCAGAGGAGGGCAAAUCUCUGCCAGAAAUUAGUUAUUGGGGAAAGAAUGAACGAACUACAAGCAAUGCGAACACGGAUGGUUUUGUCAUUUCCAAUGAUCAUUCUGUCUGCGAGGAAGGGAAAAGCUUGAGGGACUUAAGUAUUAUGACAUUAUACUCAUGGUUUGAGAUGAUCUCUGGAGCAAUGAAGAUCAUGGAGAAGUACAGUGUUCAGACUUGUGGAUAUUGUCCCGAGGUUCAGGUGGGUCCCAAGGGACACAAGGUGCGAAUGUGUAAGGCAUCGAAGCAUCAGUCUCGCAAUGGUUUGCAUGCAUGGCAAGAAGCAACUAUCCAUGAUCUUGUGGGUCCCAACUAUGUAUGGCAUGUCCGUGAUCCAGAUGCUCCUGUGUUGGAUAACGGCCUGAAAAGGUAUUAUGGCAAGGCUCCUGCUGUGGUUGAGCUGUGUGUGCAAGCAGGGGCACCCAUUCCAAAUGAGUAUCGGAGUAUGAUGAGGUUAGAUGUGGUACCUCCUGGUCGUGACGAAGUUGAUCUUGUUGCUUGAUUUCUCAUAGUGUCUGCAGAUGCAUUAGUAGGCUAAGCCAAGUUAUCACCAUACUUGUAGACAAACAUAAUUGGAUUUACUGCCAAGCUCACUGAUCCUCGCUGUAGUCUACUCCACAACGAGGUCCGACACCGCAUAAUUUGGUCUAUAGCACAAUUGACCUUCUCAGCUAUUGUCACGGAUCAGUAAGUCCCAUUUAGAGUCUACAUUGAUUGUGUGGUUCCUUGUAUUUGAGAUGUUGAUUAAACUGCAGGCAUUAUAAUUGUGCUAGACCAAUUGAUGCGAUGUAAAGACUUCAUUGUUGGGUAGAACGCGUUGCGUUGAGAAAUCAGUGAGCUUGGCAGUGAAUCAAAUUAUCGGAGUAUAUUCCAGGUUCUGCCCCUGGAUGAUCUAUUUGAGUGUCCAAUGCAGGACUUGUAUAACUUGGCAGGAUAAUGGAAUUUUGCAUGUAUUCAUAAGGUGGGGUGAAAUGUGAGUUUUACCCUUAAUAUUUGUUUUCCUGAAGCUUUGCAUUCAUGCGAUUUAAUCUUUGUUUCCAGGUUUCCUGGCAAGAACUGAUGGACCCUAAGUUAAAAGUUCGGUUUUAUUUUCUUGGGCAAGAAAUUGUCCUUGUAGGGGACUGUGUUGGAAAGAAACUUAUAAAUGGUAGCAUUUUUGCA